UGUAUAGGUUACCAAAAGAUUUGAUUUUAUGGACUCUCAAUUUAGAUAUGAUAACGGGACCAACAACCCUGCAACCUCCCUUCUCUUUGGGCCUAAGGUAUUGGCGACAAGUUUUUUGCAGCUCUCACCACAACAGGAUUUAACUCUAGCGUUAUCGUUGGUGAGAUUUUCUCCUUUAUAUAAUUAUGAUCUAAUAAAACUCACGGAGGAGAAUUAUGGAUCAGUUCGUAGAGUAUUCAUUGUGUCCGCCCAAGACCGUGCGAUAGUGUUGGAUGUGCAAAAUUACAUGAUCAAUAACAAUCCCCCAAAUGAAGUGAAGGUGAUAAUAGGUUCUGAUCACUUGGUCAUGCUCUCUAAACCUGUGGAGUUGUUCUUUUCAUCUCCAAAAUAUUGCUGA